CAGCGAGCACCAAACAACACAGCUCCAAGCUCGCUCCCACACCUCCCCCACUCCCCCACUCCCCCGCGCAUCUGACAUCUGGCUGCUGGGGUAAAGUCUCGUAGAGUGGGCAUUUAUAAACUAGCUCGAGAGGGGGGCUCCUCGCUCUCUAUUUGCUAGCCCACUCGCACGCAGCCAUGCCCUCUACAACCACCACCACCAGCUCCAGUUCAGUCCUGGAAGGAGUUUCAACCGCCCACACGGCGCUCCUCCGUCUCAGUCGCCGCCACUCGCUGCCCACCGCCGUGCUGCUAUCGCUUGCGCCAACAACAACAACACCACAGCAUCAUAGGAGCGCGUCUGUCACGGUUAAUACGCAGAAUAGGCAUCGGUACGGCCACAGACAUACUCGCUCCGAGUGGGACCAGCCCGUGAUCGUCAAAAGCUAUUCGCCGCCGAGAGAGGACCUGCUGGAUGAGGUUUUUGAUGAGGAUGAGAUGGAUACGCCAUUACCCAGCGUCGACGACUUCUCAUGGGACGGGAUUUUAAAGGCUGUUGAGCCUGAGGUCAACACCGCCCUCGCCAGCUUCGGCACCCUCUGCGGAACCUACCGCACCACCCUCCAGGCCUCCGUCGACUCCCUGACGUCGACGCAAACCAGCCUGCAAUCCCGCAUUCUCAUGACCGACGGUCUAGUCUCGCACGUUCUGCGCACCACAAAAUCGCGCACCGACCGCCUCACCAGCGAAAACACCACGCUCAAGAACGUCGACGCGCUUGCCGAAGCCGCCGAGGAGACGCACACGGUGCUCACCUCGAUAAUCUCCACACUCUUAGCAAUCGACGAGAUGCUGCCGCCGCAGGAGCGCCUCAGCCCAGAGAGCAGCGCGAGCCGCAACCACUUCCCAAAGCUGCACACGCUGCUGGUGGGGAAAGCCGCUGAGCUGAAUAUCUGUUUCGGAAGCGGGCGGCGGCCCACCACCACCACCGCCACCACUACAACCCCCGCAGCAACAUACCCGCCCCUGCGCCGCCGCCUCUCCUCGUCAAGCCAGAUCCUCCUCUCGGGCGGCGGCAGCGGCACGAACGCACUCCCGGCCCCGCAUCUCCACCUCAAGACACUCCUCCCAACGAACGCCGACAUCCCGCCCGCCUCGCGGUACUCCACCUCCUCGUCCGGCUCCGGCGAGGGCGCCUACUUCCCCAUCGCGUCGCAGACCGCCACGGGAGUCUCGCUCACCCACUCUAAUGGCAACAGCAGCACUACUACGAAUAACAUUUUGCUCACCAAGCCGGCUACGGUGGCUACAAGGACGAAUAGUGGGAGCUGGAGCGUCUUAUUUGGUGGCGGUGGGAAGCGGGAUGGAGCCGCUGCGGAAAGCGCACAGGAUAGGUUGAGGGGUGUGUUGGAGGGCGGGAGGGCGGGGGGUAAGGGCAAGGGCAAGGGGAAGGGGAAGAGUAUGCCGGGUUUGGGAUCGGGGUGGUGA